CAUAUGCCACCUAAUUUACAGAAAGUGGACCUCUUAAGAUCAGUUCCCAAACCAGAUCUAGAUUCAUAUGUGUUUCUGAGAGUGAAAGAAAGACAAGAAAACAUCCUGGUAGAACCAGAAACAGAUGAGCAGAGAAUAAAUGGAAAAGAGAUACGAUGGUCAAGACUUCACAGAGGAAGUGUCAUGAUUGGGUAAACCAAUCCAAACCAAAGCCUGACUUAAGCAUCUCCAUCCCAUUGAGGAUGUCCAGUAACAUAUUCAAGAGUCCAGUUACGAGAAUCACAUCCCACCCAGGCAAUGAGGUCAGAUAUCAUCAGUGGGAGGAAACCUUGGACAAGCCCCAACAGGUGUGCUGGCAGAAGAGACUUCAAGGACUCCAGGCCUGCAGCAGCACAGGACAACUCUUAAGUCCUUUCGAUCUUACCAAAGCCCUGCAAACACUUGUGCCUAGUUGCACAGGCGAGUCCCUGCCUGGUGUUCUCACAGGGGGUCCUCACGGCAGCUCCAUGUCCAACCCUGCCAGGUCCUCACAUGGGGCAGAGAUGAUUCCAGGAGCUGGUCUGAGCAUCCCACAGCUCCCCUGCAAACAAUUCCUGGUAACUGAGAAAGAUAUCAAGAAACAGGAAAGGAAAAUGAAGAUGGCAAGAGAGAGACUGGCGAGAGCGUUAAUUGCAGACAGACUCGCAAGUGAGACAGAGAAAGUGAGGGACCAAGAAGAACAUCCUGAAAAACACUAGGAAAAAAAAGAGAAGACGGUGCAGGUGAAAUGGAGAACAACACGUUGUUAAUGUCUCUUUGCAGUGUCCCUAAUGUUUUCUUGCUUUGAGCUUUUAAAACUUUAAAAUAUACCAAUGCGUUUCUGUAUUAAACUUCUUCAUGUGACAUAGGAUAUAUAGACAGUGAUCUUUUUGAAGUGAGAGAUUUGGUUCCAGGUGAAGAGAGAAAGAUCUUUCCUUUUCAUAUUGUACUCUCAUUUUCCUUUGCUAUGUGUGUUAUUUACUUGUAUUUUAACGUCAACAGAGAGUUAUCAAAGUCAUGGGAUUAUUUAGUGUUUUGCCCUCAUAGUCACAGAGUAAAACCUACCAGUCAGAAUGACUUUUCCUUUUUGUGUAAUAUUCCUGUAGAUUCCAAAAUAGUAUUUUAUUAAGGAGCUCUUAUAUUUAUGUUCUAAAAUAAGAUAUCUUCUUCUAGGUCUGUAUUUUUUCUGUCCUUUGUUGCACAUUAACUUAGAGUUGCAUAUAAUGAAAUACCAGACUUUCCUUCAUUUUUUAGAUUUAUAUGUGUUUCAAUUUAGUUCAUGAAGAUUGACAUGCCAUUUGGGAGAUUACACUAUCAAGAGAGACUGUUUUCAGCAUCAUUGAUCUAACAAUGAGCUACUGCUUGUUGGGAUUUAUUUGUUUAUUUACCUGAUCAAGCAUGUUGUAUUAUCAAAUCCUCUUUAUCAUUACUAAAUUUGUGUGACAUAUUUAUCACUUCCUGAGAGUAAUUAAACAAUAAUAGAGUACCUAUAGUAUUUAUAUCUUCCCUAAAAAUGAGUUAUUUUUAAAUUGACUCUUCUCUCCUCUAUUCUCCCAUGUGGUAAUCAUCUGAAAUUUUAGUUAGAAUGUGUUUUAAUGUCUUUCAUUAAAAUUAAUACUAAUUUAGUUACACUAAUUUUCUUCUUUUCCUCAUUAUUUAUGUUAUAUUUUUCUAGGCUUACAUUUCUUCUUCCUGAUGUACAUUCUUUACUGGUU